GUGAAUGGCACAAGUGUGGGCCAUCUCCAGGACCCCAGCAGCCUUGACUUCCUCCUUGAAGUCCGCUUCGGCGGUGAUUUCUUGCAGCGGUUGGUCACGGAGACGACAAAAGCCUUGGCAGGACUUCUGGAGAAUGCGAAGCAAGGUUUGGAUGCCGUGAAGGAUGCCCAGAAGUAUGAAGAACAACGCAGGGCCUUGAACAAGGCGGUGAACCAAGCAGCGUUGCAGAGGGACCAGAAAGAGCUGGAGCUUAGAGAGAGAGGUGCGGAACAGAAACAGGCCGAGCAGCAUCUGGAGAAUGCCGCCGAAGAUCCACAGUGCCAAGCAGCGAAAGCAGAGUACUACAACAAGUCUGCGCAGCUGCGCGAUGAUUUCUUGACAAAGAAGAGCGUGUUUGACAUGGGUUUGCAGCAGAAGCAGGACCAAAAGAUCCAGAAAUGCAGACCCCUGGAUCAACUGCUGGAUGCCUCAACCAAGCGCAAGCUGAAAGUAGCGCAGGGCAACGUGGACCGUGCUCAACGAAAAGUCGAUGGCUUUCAGCAUGACAUCAACAACAAGCAGAAGGAGUUGGAGGAAGCAACGCGCAAGGCAGAACACUGCAACUGGUUUGAGAAGCCUUCCAGAAGCUGGGCGGUCACUUCCACAUCGGCGCAACUUCAGGCGCUAGUAUCUGCGAAGGAGAUAGCCACAGGAUACCUGCAAUCGGCCAAGCACACACUACAGGGUCUUGAAGCUAUAGUGGAUCCCAUCAAGGAUGCCGCUGCUUCGGCGUGUCAACUGGCCAUGCAGGCCUUGACCGACUUUCAGAGCGGACCUGAAUUUCAGGCAGUACUGGCAGCUCAGCAGCAGUUGCAAAGUUUCGCGAAGACUCUCAACGAGUGGCCUGUUUAUCAGAAGGUGCUUGCAGCGGUUAGAGAGCAAGCUUCUGCGCGUUUGACGGGCUUGACACAACAGCUUCAAGCGCUGGGCCAGGAAUUGCGCAAGCAUCAGGAUGAGGCCUCCAUGGCAAUGAAGAACUUCAAAGACUUCCUGGAUGGUGAGCUAAGUAAAGCCUACGACAAAGCGCUCGAGGCUUUGCGCGGUAAUCGGAACAAUACAUUCCACAUCAAGAACAUGGAGUUCAGGACCAUGCUCAAAGACUUCCUCCUCCAUGGCGCGGUCAACGGCACACUUGAUAUGGAGAUUGAAGGGAAGCAGAAAACAAAGGAGUUUCGCGUCAAUCUUUGGGACCUUCCCGCCUUCGAGAAGGAGCUGGCCGGCUUUGCACAUCACUUCGUCAAUUCCCUGGACGGUGCUCAAGAUGCUGAGGUGCCAUGA